AUGGAAGCUCAGAACGGAGUCUCUGCCAACGGUGACACAAUGGAGCACUCUGGAAAUGAUGCCGCUUCUGAAACCCGGGAUGACGACAGGAAAAUAUUUAUUGGUGGAUUGAGCUGGGAGACGACCGAAGACAAUCUGAAGGAUUUUUUCUCGAAGCACGGCGAAAUUGAGAACGUCAACUUGAAGACAGACCCGAACACUGGCCGAUCUCGUGGGUUUGCAUUCGUUGUUUUCAAGGCCGUAGAUUCCGUGGAGAAUGUCUUGAAUGCUGGAGACUUGACAAUCCAAAACAAGAAAGUCGAGGCCAAGCGCGCUAAAGCACGUCAGGGAAAGGUAUUCGUUGGAGGCUUGCCCGCGGAAUUGUCCGAGGAUGAAAUCAAGGCACACUUCGGUAGCUUCGGCAAGAUUGCACAGAUGGAAAUGCCAUUUGACAAGGUCCGCAACCAGAGAAAAGGCUUCUGCUUCAUCACAUUUGAAAACGAGAGCGCGAUGAAGGAGCUGCUCCGUAACCCGAAGCAGACUCUUGGGGGCAAAGAAGUAGAUGUGAAGAAGGCAACUCCUCGCAAUGACCAGAUGGGAUUCGGCGGAGGUCCUGGCUUUAUGCGCGGUGGACCUCGUGGGGCUCCGCGUGGCGGUAUGAUGCGAGGACUCUUGGGGGCAAAGAAGUAG